CGCAUAAGUCCUGAACGCCCCGUCUACACCGUUCGUUGGGCAAUCGGUAAUUGUUUUUGGAAGAUGUAUGUCGCCUCGGCUGUGUGGUACAUGGGGGCGGUGGUAAGGAUGCUUUGAGGUUGCAUUCGAGAUUGCCUUUGAGGUUCUAUUUGAUUCUUCUGAUCUAUCAUCUUAGUGUGACUCAAAAAACCCCUGGCUUAACGGUUGCCAGCAUUCUUGAGACGCUGAGAUGGAGAUGCUCAAAGGUUUAAGACCCAUUGAAGGCCAUCUCGGAAAGUGACUGGGUCGCCACAAAGCCUCCUGAUGAUUCUCAACACAUUGAAAUCAGUCCAUCGCCAUGAAUUCCGACACCCCUCAAUUAAAAUCUUUUCGAAGCUUUGAAGCUCGUCAAGAUGGAGACAGACAAACAUCAAGAAGCGAAUCCUACCUUCGAACAGGUCGAGAAUCCUCGGUAAUUUCCGCAACCAUACAAGCAGACUCAACAGGACGCGAUAUGUCAAUCGAUCUCGAUGUGUCGGCCGACGCUACCCAUUUGAAGCGGUUCGUUGUUUCCGUCGAUUUCGGAACAACGUUCUCAUCAAUCUCUUUCCUAAUACUUCCAAGGAAUACUCCGCCCGAUUCAUUAGACCCGCACAUUCUUUACCACCAUAUUCAAACCAUCGACCAUUUUCCAGAAGAGCCUUGUCUCGGACUUGCGGAAAGUAGAAAGGAGGUUCCAACUGAAAUCUGGUAUCCGAAGGAAGAAUAUCUGGAAGACUCUAUAAUGGGUGAUGGGACUGGAUCUGAUGACUCCCCAGAAGGGGAUAUGCCUUUCCAUCUGCAGAAUGAAGAUGAGGAAAACACAUACUGGGGCUACGAAGUGUACUCCUGCCAACGGAUAGACACAGAUCCGAACCAAAAUCGGCGGAUGGGGGGAUUUAAGCUUCUCUUUGACGAGAGCGAGCUCACGGCACAGAUACGACUUGAUCUAGAGCCGACUCUAGAUAUGAUGAAGAAGAAAAAGAUAAUAAAGGAUAGAGAGGAUGUCAUCUCUCAUUACUUGAAACAUCUCUUUUCUCAUGCAAAGGAAGAGCUUUCUGAGAAGCACGAGUAUACCAACGACUGUCCAUUGGGAUUUGUGCUCUGCGUCCCACCAAUCUGGACUCCCAAAGCCUGUAGGAUCAUGCAGACAAAUAUGGUACGGGCGAUUCAGGAAUCGGGAUAUGGGAGCUUUGGAAACUGCAUUGACAAUUUAUUUAUUGUUUCAGAACCGGAAGCGGCAGCUGCGUAUGUAAUUGAAAGUACUACGACUGUUCUGGUGAGUAAACACUAUUCUGCGAGUGCUUCUAGGGUGUCUUCGGACGUAUUGACACAAGUAGCCCAAGGAAGCUUUUAUGCUUCUUGAUGCCGGUGGAGGGACUGUUGACGCGAUAACCUACACCGUCAACCAAACGUGCCCGCUGAGAUUGGAAGCCGAGGGCGUUGAAGCUGGAGGUGAGUUGAAGCUGGAGGUGAGUUACCAAUUUCAAUCCUUGUAACCCUGUUUGCUAAGAAGCAGGGGCGCUUUGUGGUUCGAGCUACCUCAAUAAAGCUUUCCAAGAGCACUUAAGUGCAAGAUUGAAAGACGAGGACUAUCUGGAACGAAAUGGCAUCAGUAUUCGCAGUAUUGUCGAUACGGAAGUGGUGAAAUUCGAAAACAACAUAAAAAGAAAAAUUGACAUAAUCCGACCGACAUCCGUUUUUGAGUUUGUCGAAAUUCAAGACUUGAGAGCUGAUCCGAGAAAGAAUUUCGGGCGUAACCGCCUUAGAUUGACGCAGUAAGUUAAAAAACAGAAUGACAUUUACAAGUUGGCCUUUCUGACAUCUUAAUUAUAGCAACGAUCUGAGAGGAAUAUUUCUUCCCGUUUUGGAAAAGGUAAGUGGGCUAAUGGAGCGGCAACUCGAGUUGGCAAAAAUGAGAAGGAUAAACGUGACGGUUCGUCAUAUCCCUCUCAAGCGAUUGAAAUUUGAGUUUAAACGUUGGGUAGAAAGUCAUUCUCAUCGGAGGGUUCGCCAAUUCUCCCUCGCUCCGCUCUUUCUUGAAGCGGAAACUCGCUUCAAUUAAGAGCUAUCAGGAUGAGGAUAUUCCACUGGUCUUUCCAAUGUCUCCGUACGUCACCUUAUGAACCCACGAAUCUUUGCUAAUUUUUCAAAGUGGGCCCGCCGUCGCUUUCUGGUGCCAUCCUCCGAGCCCUCAACAAGAGAGACGGGCCGAGACGCAUCAGCCGUUCAAGUUAUGGAUUUCGAUGUCAUGAAUCGUUCAAUCCUGAUGACAUCCCUGCUCACAGGGGAAUCAUUCCCUAUAGCGAGCCUUUGGAUGGCGGGAAGUACUUGA